UCCCCCCUCCCGCGCGCCCGCCCGCCGCCCGCCACCACCGCCGCCGCCGGAGCUCCGUAGUAUGGCAUCGAGGAGAAUGGAGACCAAACCUGUGAUAACCUGUCUCAAAACCCUCCUCAUCAUCUACUCCUUCGUCUUCUGGAUCACUGGGGUGAUCCUGUUGGCCGUUGGAGUCUGGGGAAAACUUACGCUGGGCACCUAUAUCUCCCUAAUUGCUGAGAACUCCACCAACGCUCCUUACGUGCUCAUUGGAACUGGCACCACUAUCGUUGUUUUUGGCCUGUUUGGUUGCUUUGCUACAUGCCGUGGUAGCCCAUGGAUGCUGAAACUGUAUGCCAUGUUCCUGUCCCUGGUGUUUCUGGCUGAGCUUGUAGCUGGCAUUUCAGGGUUUGUGUUUCGUCAUGAGAUCAAGGACACCUUCCUCAGGACUUACACUGAUGCCAUGCAGAACUACAAUGGCAAUGAUGAGAGGAGCCGUGCAGUGGACCAUGUGCAGCGCAGCCUGAGUUGCUGUGGUGUACAGAACUACACCAACUGGAGCACCAGCCCCUAUUUCCUGGAGCAUGGCAUCCCCCCAAGUUGCUGCAUGAAUGAAACCGAUUGCAAUCCCCAGGAUCUACAUAAUCUGACUGUGGCUGCCACCAAAGUUAACCAGAAGGGAUGCUAUGAUCUGGUGACCAGUUUCAUGGAGACAAACAUGGGGAUCAUUGCUGGAGUGGCGUUUGGGAUCGCAUUCUCCCAGUUGAUUGGCAUGCUGCUGGCCUGCUGUCUGUCCCGGUUCAUCACGGCCAAUCAGUAUGAGAUGGUGUAAAGAGAAGUCUUUCAAGAACGAUGGAGUAAGAGAUCUGUUCUGAAAAGGAACUGCAACAAUCUCUGAAAGACUUCCAAAGAAUGUUAGAGCACAGUACAUAAUACACUUAACCUGCUCCCACAACGCCCUACCCUCAACCCCACUCCCUGCGUGCAACUGACUCUCCUACCCAGUCUCUGCUCCACCUUUCAGCCCGCAUCAUGUGUAGUGUCUACCUUGUGAAGCCCUGUUGUGCCACAGCUUGUAGCUAGUCUUAGUGAACCCCCACCCUGUGCGUGCCAGCUCUUCCACGUGUACCUGGUCCAACUGCAGUUCAUCGUAGGUGACUGGUUAUCAUCAUUGGCCCCUUGGGGCCCUGCAUGUAGUAUGGGAGGCUCCUGUUAGUCCCUCACCAUGGUCUGUAAAUGCCAUGCACCUUUACAUAGAGAUGAUACUUAACUGUUCUUUUGGCCUAAUCUCAUUUGGUUUGGUUUUCCCUUUACUAAGGCUCUUUCCUACCUUCUUUAGGCUGCCUAGGACAUGUAAGGAGGAACUUCAGUAGUUGUUCAUGAGGAGAAAAAAAAAAAGCAUGUGUCAUGCAUGAUGGAAAUUGUUGAGCAGUAGGUGGCCUCCUUGCUCAUUAUUGUUCCAUGCCUGGGUAUGUAGAGACAAUUAGUUCACCUCCUCUCCUGAGUUAAAACUUAUAUAUAGUCCUGUUACAAAGCUGUCCUGUUGCUUCCAGUGAAGGCAAUGAUAUUACUUUUGAUUUUUCCCCCAAUUAAUUGCUGUUGUGUUAUUUUACUUCUUUCUGUAUUGUUUUCUUGCAUUGACAUUAUAGACUUUGAGGACCUCAUGAGAUCAGUUUAAAAAGGAGCGUGACGGGCGGAACAGAAGUCAAAAUAUUUUUUAAAAGAUCUUAAAAAAAUAAAUGCCUCUGUCUAGCAUGCCAACAAGAAUGCAUUGAUAUUGUGAACACUUGUGAUAUAUGUAUUAAUAAAUAGAGCAAUUACAA